AUGACUCAAAUCAAAACUAAUGAAACAUCAAUUCAAAAUCCACCAGCUGAUCUAAUUCAAAUCUAUCAAACUAUCAAAAACUUAAUCAAAACUCAUCAAGAUUCCAUCGAAUUAGUUUUACCCUUGAAUUUAUUAACUUUGAUUUCUCAUGCAAUCUUGAUCACACAUCAAUUUAAAUUAAAACUUUCUAAUCCUUCAGACGAUCAAGAUCAAAUUGGUGAAAGGAUUACCAUUUCUGGUAUAACUGUUGAGAAUGAUCAAGUUUAUAGUCAUGAUUUAUCUAUACCUGGUUACUUUGAUUUAGAAGAGUUUCCCGUCAAGAUCUCAUCAAAUGAAGAUCAAGAAUUAGGAUCGAUUGGAUUCCGUUCUACAUCUCAUUUACUUGAUUUUAUUUCACUUUUUAACAAUGAUGUCUUACAUCAUUUAUUACCAGAUCUGAUUCCAAAAACUUCACCUGAACCAAAUCAUCAAUCCUCUUCAUCAUCAUCAGCACCACCACCACCACCAUCAGCAGCAGUACCUUCUUCAACUCCAACUCAACCUCCUCAAUCUUCAAAUCCGAAUCCAUCGAGUUCAAUUCAAACUCCCUUUAAUAUAGGUCAAAGUGAUUUAGAUCCAAUCGGUACAUCCAACAUAAGACUUCCAUCACUUUAUAAUAGACCGACCAAUGAAAGAAACCCAUUAAAUUCAAAUGAUGGAAUGUUCGUUGGACCCAAUCAUUCGAUCUUUAAUCAUCAUCAAUCUCAAAACCCAUCAAAUUUAGGUCCGUUUGGUGGUGAUGGCUUCUUACCUCCUGAUGCGGUUCCUCAUGGGGCUAGGUUUGAUCCGAUCGGUCCUGGCACUGGAUUUAUGCCUAGACCAUCAAGAGCUGGUGAUGAAUUUGAUCCGAUGGGUGGGCUGGGUCAAGGUUUACCUAUGGGUAAUCCAUUCCCUUCACGUGGUGGUGGUGGUGGUGGAUUUCCUGGAUCUGGUGGAUCAGCUAAUUAUGAUGAUAUGUUUAUGUGAAAGAAAAAAAAUGUGUAAAACUUGAAGUUGAAAAGUGUAAAUGAGUUUUAGGGUAAGGUAGAGGAUUCGACUUAAUCAACAAAAGACGAUCGAAAUCAAUUUAUUAAAAUGUAAAAUGAUAUGGAGAUUCAUUGUAAGAAAAUUAGUUGGUUUCUGUUUACAUAUUUUAGCAGGAUUCAGAUUGAAGAAAACAAAGUAUGUGAUUUGUACAAAAGGUUUUUUUAGUGAUCUUAUUAAAUUGAAUGAGAAAAAAAGUACAUGCAAUAUGAUUAUAUUCAAGUAAACUUG